UUAAACACAAUUAAUACAGAACUAUUUUAGCGGAAUACAACAUUUAUAAUAACAAAAACAAGAUAUUUAAUCGGGAAACAAAGUAAAAUCACAAAAACUCCCUAAAUAUCGGUUCCUCUUUGCUUCCAUUACCAAACUCCAUUAAAUUUUCCUUUCCUCGAAUUUUCCUGUCUUCAAACAGUUUCCGGUGUUAGCUGAUAUUAAUCUAGAUAUUCAGGUAAAAAGAAUAAAAAUCAAAUCAAAUCGAAAUACCAUUUUUUUUUAAAAAAAUCGUAGAUUUUGUUUUGCUUGUAAUUGUAUUAGAGUGCUGCCAUGGAAAUCUUCGAAGAAGCAAGCAUUGUUCGAUUACGUAGCAUCCAUGACAAAUACUUGCUUGCAGAGGAUGAUGAGGAAACUGUUUCCCAAGAGCGAGGCGGAACUGUGCGGAACGCGAGAUGGACGGUGGAGUUCGUGCAGUUCAAUUCCACCCAUGUUCGUCUUAAAAGCUGUUACGGUAAAUACUUGACGGCUUCAAACAUGCCGUUCCUAUUGGGGAUGACAGGGAAGAAAGUGUUGCAGACAUUGCCAAAACGAUUGGAUUCUUCGGUUGAAUGGGAACCUAUUCAAGAAGGUUCCAGGGUUCGGCUAAAAACUCGUUAUGGCCAAUAUUUACGAGCAAAUGGUGGGAUACCACCAUGGAGGAACCACAUUACACAUGAUACUCCUUAUAGAACCUCACAUCAAGAUUGGAUACUUUGGCAAGUUGAUAUUUUAAGGUUUCGCCACCAAGAUAAACUCCCUGCUCCACCUCCUCCUGUUCAAGUACAAGCUGAUGGAUUUGACAAUUCUGAUACUGGUUCACCUCCAACAAUUUCACUUAGAGGCUCUAGAAUGUCUAAAAAUGAGGAAGAUGACUCAGGAAAUGGAUCACCAAAGGCAUCUGAAGGAAGGAUUAUUAAGUAUGAGGUAGUUGAUGAUAAUGGUGAUAUUGACCAAAAUAUUGGAGAGCGUAAAUUCAUAUUUAAAGGGAAUGGGGUUGAUGAUUUGAAGAAAGCAUUGAAAGAAGAGAAUGUUGUGAAAGAAGAGUUUUCUCUUUGUUCUCGUAACCCUUUGAAUGGCAACCUUUAUCCCCUUCGUUUGCAGCUUCCUCCCAACAAUACCGCAAUGCAUGUUGUUCUGGUUCCUCUAUCAUCUAAAGUGGCAGAUGAUUUAUGGCUUUGAAACAUGUGAAGGAACUUUCAACUUGUACCUUAGCUUGUUGCUAGAAACUGCUAACAGCAAUGGAAUGAGGCAAAUUCCAAUUCUUUCAUUCAUUUAAAGCUAAAGGGUUUUUUUUUUUCUUUUAAUUUUAGUCAUGUUUUUUCAUCUGCUUAAUUGUUUCUUUCAAAGGCUUAUCUUUUUGCAGUUAGCAGAGAUGUAGAAGAAUUCCUUUUUGGACCAUUUUUUGAUGUGAGAUUUGAUUUGGAGGAUCAAUCGAUUUACUCUGUAAUGGUUUUGUUGCAGAUUUGUAUUUUAUUCUUCCACACAGAAAAAAACAAUUUUAAACA